AUGCCUCGUAGUCCGGGUGGCAGGAGCUCCCAGCGUUUAACGGCGGCGGACGCCAACCCCACGCCGGAGAGGCCACCGGCGCAGGGCGCACCCGCGUCCACGGGCGAGGUGGCGCGGGAGAGCGGCAGUGGGACGUUCCUAUACCUGCAGUUGAUGGUGACAAACUACACGAGCUGGGAGGCAGUCGAGCCAGUGGCCAGUGCGACCGUCGAUGAGAAGAAGUACAAGAAGGCGAGGUUGGAUCUCUUCCAAGCGCUCCCGGAGGAUCUCCUAAUGCAGGUGGCAAGGAAGAAAACUGCAAAGGAGGAGGGAGAGAGCCCGGACCAGUAUGUCGGAAGGCUCAACAGCAUGUCCGUCAGGUACGUAAACCUAGGGGAGACGCUCGAUGACGCUGCAUUGGUCAAAAAGCUGUUUGACACCAUGCCGGAUCGAUUCCUAAGUGUGAUCACCGAGAUCGAGCAGUUCUACGACCUCGAUAAGAAGCCGUUCGAGGAAGCCGUGGGGCGGCUUAAGGCGUUUGAAGAACGUACUCGUCCGCGUGCAUCUGAUGGCAAUAGCAUCAGCGACAGCCAGCUUCUGUUCACUCAGGCCGAGUGGCAGUCGCGGCAGAAGAAGGAUGGUGGCAACUCCUCAUCAAGCAACAAGGGCAAAUCCCACCUUGCUACAGAUAGCAGCAACCACGGCCAGGGUGGUCGUGGACGCGGCAGAGGCUGUGGCAGAGGUGGUCGCGGCAGGAUGUCGCGCAAUGACGAGGAGAGCGGCUCGGACGGCGGUCGCCGCAACAAGAGCCACAUCAAGUGCUUCAACUGCUACAAGAUAGGGCGCUACGUGAACGAGUGCAAGGCACCGAAAAAGAAGAAAGAGGAGACACAUCUUACUCAUGCUGACUACACUGAGCUGGCCCUGCUACUCGUGGUGUUAGAAGAGGCAGCACAAGAACUGCAGCACCAGCGAGGAGCCGUGCUAUUGAAUGAGGAGAAAUUGAAGCCGGAACUACACGACACAACGGCGGGAGGCUCCAGCUCUGAGGUCUGGUACCUGGACAAUAGGGUCAGUAAUCAUGUGACCGGUGACAAAGAGAAGUUCAGAGAGCUGGAUAAAGGUAUCAUUGGCAAGGUGAAGUUCGGGGAUGGCUCCACUAGUGGCUGUUGCAGGAGGUCUACUACAUUCCAAGACUGUGCAGCAACAUCAUCAGCCUUGGACAACUUACCGAGUCCUGCACAGUUGCUGAUGAAAGUGAGACGAACUCAAAAUUGCCUCUAUAAGAUCGAGCUGCAUCAAGCGACGUCGGUGUGUCUCUUAACCAUCCUUCAAGACCCGGUGUGGCUCUGGCAUGCGAGAAUCGGAUAUGUCAACUUCAUUGAUAUGAAGCUGCUCGUCGACAAGGGGAUGACAAUAGGAGUGCCGCCGAUCACACACCCAAACCAGCUAUGUCAAAGGUGUUUACUGGCGAAGCAGUGGAUGUGGGUGUUCGUGAUCAAGUCGAAGAACCAAGCUUGCUCCAUGUUCAGAAAGUUCAAGUUGUAG